UAAGGCAAGUAUUCACAGUAUGAAAUUUCAUUUAAUAAGGUUAAGGGAAUUCUGUCGCAGUGUCUUUACUGGAGAAGAAAUAAGGUGUAAUUCAGUAGUGACAUGAUGGGGAAGCCAAAAAGACAGGUGGUUACCGUCUCCAUGGUUACCGUAGUAACGAAAAUCUUUAUGACCGUUGGGCAGGAGAUCAAUUAGCUAAACGAGCAAACGGUAUAUGAAACUUUAUAACUUUAUACAUAGCGGAGGAAUGCCUGUUAUCAGCAACUCUAGAGAGCAGAGGCACAAAGGGGGCGGCUCAGCUUGGCAAAAGUCUGCAGGGCGAGAAUGGGAAACUGGAACGAUCACUGUGACCGAGGGCCCUCCUGAAGCAAAUAUCAGCAGAAACAGAUAUCCAUAAUGAGCCCUGAGGAGAAAGCUGCCACCACAUUUAAUGACACGUUUGUUCGCCCUGCAAAAUUCUAUAUCAGUGGAUUUUCUAACAUCCCUCAUGUUAAGUAUUACUAUGUCUUCCUGUGUUUUGUUUAUGUCAUGACUGUUCUUGGUAAUGUUCUUCUCCUCUCAGUUAUCUACCUGGUUGAGACUCUUCAUACUCCUAAAUACAUGAUUGUGUCCAACCUGGCUGUGACAGAUUUGUGUGGCAGCACUGCUCUUAUUCCAAAACUUUUGGACACAUUUUUGUUUGAUAAGAGGUACAUUGUCUAUGAGGCUUGCUUGAGUUAUAUGUUCUUUGUUUUAUUCUUUGGAAGUGUACAAUCAUGGACACUUGUCACUAUGGCAUAUGACAGAUUUAUAGCAAUUUGCUUUCCUUUAAGGUACCAUAGUAUUGUGUCUAAACCAGCUAUUACUGCAAUGCUGCUGUUUGUGUGGGUUUCUUUAUUGAGUCUUGUAGCAUUUACUGUUGGGCUUAUUGAUCGCCUGUCUUUCUGUAGAUCUUUGGUGAUAAAGAGCUUUUACUGUGAUCAUGGACCAGUAUAUCGUCUGGCCUGUAAUGACAAUUCUUUAAAUAACAUAAUGGCAUAUGUUGCUUUCAUUAUAGUCCUCUGUAUACCUCUUAUACUAAUAGGAGUCACAUAUGUUUGCAUUGCCAUAGCACUGAGCAGGAUUGCAUCAGGAGAGGAGCGACUCAAAGCUUUGAAAACUUGUACGUCUCACCUGAUCCUUGUAGCUAUUUUCUUCCUACCAAUAGUGGGCACCAACAUAGCUGCAGUGGCCUCCAACAUCCAUCCUAACGCCAGGAUCAUAAACUCCUCGUUGACGCACACCAUACCAGCUUUGCUCAAUCCCAUUGUGUACUCUUUAAAGACAGAAGAGGUGCUGAACUCUAUAAAGAAAGUUUUCAAGAGAAAUAGGCUUAGCAACACAACCUCAUCCAGAAAGGUGAACUCUUUAUCAGUGCUGUACUGACACAGUAGGUGGCAAUAGAAUAUUUGUGAUUUGUAACUCUUUACUCAUAAGAUGUCAGUAAUAAGUACUACAAUUUUACUAUUAAAAUGGCUAUUAUCUGGUAUCCUGUCAUUGAAUGUAUUUUCCUGUUCCUGUAUCCAUAUGACUUUAUGAUCUCCCUUGCAAAAUUAAAUCAUGGAUUUCAAUUGUAAUGGUUUCUGCUGAUGUGUUCCCCUGCUGAUUUGGAUAAGGCAUCGGCAGAUGGCUGUCCUCUACCUCAGACCUACGUAUCGAACGGGUUCCCAAAAUCUACACGUUUGGCUUCUAUAAUCACCAGCUGUUGUUGAAGCACUCUAAUUUGGGCCUAUUUAGUCAGGAAUGCCUGCCAGCUGGAUUACAACGAAAAUGUGUGGGUACAAAUAGGUGUUGGAGGUUUGAAAGUACUCCAAGAUGACUGUUUAAAAGGCUAUCUCUGGAGGAGGCCCACUCUGUUGGUUGAGGGCACUUCCCCCGGUUCUAUAGGGCGGCUUCAAUGCCCUGACCCUAACAUUUUUUCCAAUUCAAUAUAUAUAGUAAACCUUUCAAUCAUACGCUCAUUGUAGAUACUACACUGAAAUUAUACCUCUAUCACAGGGUACAUCCGGUCAAUCUCAAUCAACAGAUCUAAACCUGUCCAAAACUGUUAAUUAAUAAACAUUGCAUGUUUAUUAAUUAACAUGUUUGAUCAUUAUCAAAGACCUUAAUGACGCCAGUAAAACAUCCCACCUACAAAGUGCUGUACAAAAGUAAGACAAAAUUCUUUCUAUUCAAUUGUCAUAUAUGUAAUGCCUUUACCGAAAUGGCCUGUGUUGAACAAGAACAAAAAUAUUAGAA